AUGCUUGCUCCAACCACAACUACAGCUGCUCCAACCACUACAACUGCUGCUCCAACCACAACUACAGCUGCUCCCACCACCACAACAGAUGCUCCAUCCACCACAACAGAUGCUCCAACCACUACAACUGCAGCUCCAACCACAACUACAUCUGCUCCAACCACAACUACAUCUGCUCCAACCACUACUACAUCUGCUCCAACAACUACUCCAACCACAACUACUCUAACCACAACUACAGCUGCUUCAACCACUACAAGUGUUGCUCCAACUACUACAUCUGCGCCUACCACAACUACAUCUGGUCCAACAACAACUACUCCAAUUACAGCUAUUCCAACCACAACUACAUCUGUUCCGACCACAACUACAGCUGCUCCGACCACAACAACAGCUGCUCCGACCACUACAACAGCUGCUCCAACUACCAGUACAACUGCUCCAACCACUACAACAGAUGAUCCAACCACAACUACAGCUGCUCCAACCACAACUACAUCUGCUCCAACCACAAAUACAGCUGCUCCAACCACAACUACAGCUGCUCCGACCACAACUACAGCUGCUCAAACCACUACAACAGAUGCUCCAACAACUACAACAGAUGCUGCAACUACAACUACACCUGCUCCAACCCCAACUACAGCAGCUCCAACCACAACUACAGCUGCUCCAACCACUACAACUGCUGCUCCAACUACAGCAUCUCCAACCACUACAACUGCUGCUCCAACCACAACUACAGCAUCUCCAACCACAACUACAGCAGCUCCUACAACUACAUCUGCUCCUACCACAACUACAUCUGCUCCAAUCACAACUACAUCUGCUGCUCUGACCACAACUACAUCUGCUGCUCCGACCACCACCACAACAGAUGCUCCAACCACCACAACAGAUGCUCCAACCACUACAACUGCUGCUCCAACCACAACUACAGCUGCUCCAACAACGACAACUGCUGCUCCAACCACAACUACAGCUGCUCCCACCACCACAACAGAUGCUCCAUCCACCACAACAGAUGCUCCAACCACUACAACUGCAGCUCCAACCACAACUACAUCUGCUCCAACCACAACUACAUCUGCUCCAACCACUACUACAUCUGCUCCAACAACUACUCCAACCACAACUACUCUAACCACAACUACAGCUGCUUCAACCACUACAAGUGUUGCUCCAACUACUACAUCUGCGCCUACCACAACUACAUCUGGUCCAACAACAACUACUCCAAUUACAGCUAUUCCAACCACAACUACAUCUGUUCCGACCACAACUACAGCUGCUCCGACCACAACAACAGCUGCUCCGACCACUACAACAGCUGCUCCAACUACCAGUACAACUGCUCCAACCACUACAACAGAUGAUCCAACCACAACUACAGCUGCUCCAACCACAACUACAUCUGCUCCAACCACAAAUACAGCUGCUCCAACCACAACUACAGCUGCUCCGACCACAACUACAGCUGCUCAAACCACUACAACAGAUGCUCCAACAACUACAACAGAUGCUGCAACUACAACUACACCUGCUCCAACCCCAACUACAGCAGCUCCAACCACAACUACAGCUGCUCCAACCACUACAACUGCUGCUCCAACCACAACUACAGCAUCUCCAACCACUACAACUGCUGCUCCAACCACAACUACAGCAUCUCCAACCACAACUACAGCAGCUCCUACAACUACAUCUGCUCCUACCACAACUACAUCUGCUCCAAUCACAACUACAUCUGCUGCUCUGACCACAACUACAUCUGCUGCUCCGACCACAACUACAGCUUACAACUGCUCCAACCACCACAACAGAUGCUGCUCCCACCACAACAACCGAUGCUCCAUCCACCACAACAGAUGCUCCAACCACUACAACUGCAGCUCCAACCACAACUACAGCAGCUCCAACCACAACUACAUCUGCUCCAACCACUACUACAUCUGCUCCAACAACUACUCCAACCACAACUACUCUAACCACAACUACAGCUGCUUCAACCACUACAAAUGGUCCAACCACUACAACUGCAGCUCCAACCACUACAACUGCAGCUCCAACCACAACUACAACAGCUCCAACCACAACUACAGCAGCUCCAACCACAACUACAUCUGCUCCAACAACAACUACAGCUGCGCCAACCACUACAACUGCUCUAACCACUACAACAGAUGGUCCGACCUCUACAACAGAUGGUACAACCACUACAAUUGCAGCUCCAACCACAACUACAACAACACCAACAACAACUACAUCUGCGCCUACCACGACUACAUCUGCUACAACAACUACUCCAACCACAACUACAUCUACUCCAACCACCACUACAGCUGCUCCAAUCACUACAACAGCUGCUCUAACCACCACAACAGCUGCUCAAACCACUACAACAGAUGGUCCAAGCACUACAACUGUAGCUCCAACCACUACAACUGCAGCUCCAACCACAACUACAGCAGCUCCAACCACAACUACAUCUGCCCCAACAACAACUACUCCAACCACACCUACUCCAACCAUAACUACAGCAGCUCCAACUACAUCUGCUCCAACCACUACUACAUCUGCUCCAACAACUACUCCAACCACAACUACUCUAACCACAACUACAGCUGCUCCAACCACUACAAGUGUUGCUCCAACAACUACAUCUGCACCUACCACAACUACAUCUGCUCCAACAACAACUACUCCAACCACAACUACAUCUGCUCCAACCACUACUACAUCUGCUCCAACCACUACUACAUCUGCUCCAACAACUACUCCAACCACAACUACUCUAACCACAACUACAGCUGCUCCAACCACUACAACUGCUCCAACCACUACAAGUGUUGCUCCAACAACUACAUCUGCACCUACCACAACUACAUCUGCUCCAACAACAACUACUCCAACCACUACAACUGCUGUUCCAACCACUAUAACUGCGGCUCCAACCACUACAACUGCAGCUCCAACAACAACUACAGCUGCUCCAACCACUACAACUGCUCCAACCACUACAACUGCAGCUCCAACUACAACUACAGCUGCUCCAACCACAACUGCUCUAACCACUACAACUGCAACUCCAACCACAACUACUGCUGCUCCAACCACAACUACAGCUGCCCCAUUCACAACUACAGCCAUCCCAACCACUACAACUGCAGCUCCAACAACAACUACAGCUGCUCCAACCACUACAAGUGCAGCUCCAACCACACCUACAGCUGCUCCAACCACUACAACUGCUGUUCCAACCACCGGUACAACAGCUCCAACCACAACAACAGAUGGUCCGACAACUACUACAGAUGGGCCAACAUCAACUACAACAACACCAACAACAACUACAUCUGCGCCUACCACGACUACAUCUGCUACAACAACUACUCCAACCACAACUACAUCUACUCCAACCACCACUACAGCUGCUCCAAUCACUACAACAGCUGCUCUAACCACCACAACAGCUGCUCAAACCACUACAACAGAUGGUCCAAGCACUACAACUGUAGCUCCAACCACUACAACUGCAGCUCCAACCACAACUACAGCAGCUCCAACCACAACUACAUCUGCCCCAACAACAACUACUCCAACCACACCUACUCCAACCAUAACUACAGCAGCUCCAACUACAUCUGCUCCAACCACUACUACAUCUGCUCCAACAACUACUCCAACCACAACUACUCUAACCACAACUACAGCUGCUCCAACCACUACAAGUGUUGCUCCAACAACUACAUCUGCACCUACCACAACUACAUCUGCUCCAACAACAACUACUCCAAUUACAACUACUCCAACCACAACUACAUCUGCUCCAACCACUACUACAUCUGCUCCAACCACUACUACAUCUGCUCCAACAACUACUCCAACCACAACUACUCUAACCACAACUACAGCUGCUCCAACCACUACAAUAAUGGGUCAAUCAUCAACAACAUGGAUCUUACAUUUGCAUCUAAAUCUGCUCCUAAUGGCUCCCAAAUUGCAAAUGUUUUGGUCAAUGCAGCUUCAAACAUCUCUGCCUUCACCAUUGAUACCUCUAACAUUUUAGUGGACGGAGAAGUUGCUCCAUCCACUACAACAGUUGCUACAACCACUACAACUACUACAACAGCUACUGCAACCACUACAACUACUACAACAGUUGCUCCAACCACUACAACUACUACAACAGCUACUGCAACCACUACAACUACUACAACAGUUGCUCCAACCACUACAACUACUACAACAGUUGCUCCAACCACUACAACUACUACAACAGUUGCUCCAACCACUACAACUACUACAACAGUUGCUCCAACCACUACAACUACUACAACAGCUACUCCAACCACUACAACUACAACAACAGCUACUCCAACCACUACAACUACAACAACAGUUGCUCCAACCACUACAACUACUACAACAGCUGCUCCAAGCACAACAAAAGCACCAAUUACAACAGCUGAUCAGACAACUCCAACUACUCUUAUGACUACUACAACAACUACAACUGAAGCACCUGCUCCAGUUUUUGUAGUUGCAGCAACGGUGGUUGAACCAUUUGUUCCAGCACUUGAAGUGAAAGACAGCCCAGAGUUUAAGGCGCUGGAAGUAAAAGUCGUGACAGUGUAUAAUAUAAUCUACAGAGCAAGAUAUGGAAUCCUCUUUAUUCGAAGUUUUGUCAUUGCAUUUAGACCAGCCCAAGUCAGGUUUCGAAUGAAUGGUACUCAAGCAGAGAUGGGGGUAGAGUUUAAUAAAACAACACCAGCUGAGGCAGUUCCAAAGCCUGAGGAUGUUCAACAAGUACUAGUAGAGGGUGUACAGAACCCCAACUUCACCAUGUCCUUGAAUAUCAGCUUUGAUCCAGAGUCAAUUACAGCAAUUCGUCAACCUGUAACAACUGUAGCCCCAACUACGGCCAACAGUACAGUAACCCCAGCUCCAAAUACAACAAUUUCUCAGAACUCCACGGAAAACAUAACAACCACAACAGCUGGCAAUACAUCUACCACAAUCAGCACAUUAGGAAAUACAACAACAAAGAACCCAGAAACAUCAGCUGCUAGCAAUUCAACUUCCAUCAGCACAACAACAACAACCACAACUGUGGAGCAGACAGUAAAUAGGAGGCUGACUUUUAGGUCACCUGGGGAAACCUUCACAACUGAUUUGUUGGACCAAUCCUCGUCAGCAUUUAUAAAUAGAGCUGCACUUUUAAAGUCAAUUCUUGAACCCUUCUACCAACAAUCGUUUUCCUCAUUCCGCAGUUUAACAGUGAUUUCAUUCAGCAAUGGGUCAAUCAUCAACAACAUGGAUCUUGCAUUUGCAUCUGCAUCUGCUCCUAAUGGCUCCCAAAUUGCAAAUGUUUUGAUCAAUGCAGCUUCAAAUAUCUCUGCCUUCACCAUUGAUACCUCUAACAUUUUAGUGGAUGGAGAAGUGUCAAGUGGAGUAAGCCAGAAGAUCAGUCUCAUCACGGCUCUCUGCAUGGUCCUGCUGUCAUGGGUGUUGUCCAGCCAGCACUAAUCUCUCUAUUGACUAGUGGUGGAUAAUCUUCCCCCAAAAAGUUAUCCUAAUUGAAAACUAAAAAGGAUCUCAUGAAAGGGUGUUUUUAAAAGAGAAAUAGUUGUCCAAAAAUUGUUUCUGAGUUUAUUUAAGCAUCUCUAAAUUUAAGCAUCCAGUCAAGAACUUAAAUAUUUGUAAAAGCACAUUCACUGAUUAUCUAUGCUGUUUUGUUAGGAGGUUACUGCAAUUUUAUUUAUUUCUCUGAAUGUGAAACCCUGGAUCCGAUCCAUGAAGAACAUCUUGUACACUUACUUAUUAACAUGAGGGUUAUGUCUAUACAAUAGGAUGUGAUGUAGGAUUUAAAGUUUUUUUUCAAUGCACUUUAUGCAAAUGCAGACUCUAAUUAUCAUCUUCAUUCAGCAAUAUAAGUAUUUAAAAUAGUAAUAAAGGAAUGAUUUUAAUGACAAAUUAGAUUAUGACACUGUUCAUGCAAAUCCUCAAGAGAAAUAUAUGAAUUGAUUAUUUUGUAUAAAUGUAUUAUAAGAUGUCUAAACAAUAUCAAACCUUAUUAUUUUGUUGUUUUUUUGAUUAAAAUAUAUCUAUGACAUUGGAGACUUCUGUAUACAGUAUUCUGUUAAGUGUUACUCAAUUGUAUUUUUCUCAUCAUAAAUUAAAGUUAAGAUGACAAAGACAUAAAAACUAAUCAUUAAGAUUACAUUAAUACGAGAUCACUGAAAUAACAGCUUUAGGGUGUAAGAUGUUUAAAAGUGUAUAAAAACACUUUCUUGCUUCUAAUAAAGAAACUGAUCAGCAAAAA